AUGGAGCUAUUAGCUGCGCAGAACGAGCACCGUGGGCCGACGCAGCAACAAGGGGCGUUAUGGCCGCCCACACCGCCACCAUCGGCACACACAAACCCCUUCCUGACCCCCGCGGACACGAACCCCAACUCUGCUAACUGGAGCUAUGAGCACAUUGUGAAGGAAGUGGACGCUGCUUAUGGGCCGCAGUCAGAGCACGCUGCAGCUGUUGGCAUCGAGCUGAGGCAGAGAGUCAGGAAACAAGGUGAAACCAUGCACACACUCCGAGACGACAUCUAUGAAAAGGUCGCUAUUGUGUAUGGUGACCGUACUGAACGGGAACAGGACUGUGUAGCUGUGGAGAUUUUCACUAAUGCGAUGACCGACGCUGACAUUAUCCAAAAGCUCCUUGAAGAGAAGCCUCGUACACUCGCUUGUGCCUAUGACAUUGCCCACCGGUACGAGACCACAAAGAGAGCAGCCAGGGCCGUAACACAGAUGAUGCGUCUAGGGCUGGGUCCCCGCGGCUCGGCAGCAAGAGCGGCUGUGGUAUUGGAGGAUGCUCCAGCCUCUGAAUGCGAUCAACCAAGAACAACGGAUGUAAAUUUCAUUAUGGCCGACACCGCCCGAAGCACCGAGGUCAUCCUGGGACAUCCCUUCCUGCGUCAGUCCAAUGCAUGCCUGGACUACGGCCGCCGAGAGAUAUCCCUCUUCAACGUAAAAGUUCCACGCUACGACCCCAAUUACCAGCCUGCUGCUGCCGCCCAUGUCGUCCGGAUUGCCCGCACCACUGUCCUGGAACCUGGUCGUGAGUAUGUGGUACCUGGGUCCGCCAGCCUCCGCUCUCAAACCGGUGGCGACCUGAUGCUCAGUCCAACCAAGGCCUUUAUCGAGAAACACUGUGUCCUGGUGGCCCAUGCGGUCGUCCAACCACUAAAGUCCGCCGGCAUUCCCAUCCGAGUCUUCAACCCUGGGUCUACGCCUGUCACCCUGAAGAGAGGAACCGUGGCCGGUGUCCUCCAGCCUGCCGAGGUGGUGGCCACCCUUGAGUCGGCGCCAACCUUGCCCCCGUCUAAGCCGGGGCCCAUUAACUCUGUUUCUGUCCCUUCCCACUUGCAGGUCAUGUAUGGUGAGAGCUGCUCCAUCUUGUCAGAGGGUGACUGCAACAAACUCGCCCAUCUGCUACAUUCCUACGCCGAUAUCUUCUCUACUGGCCCUACUGACCUCGGCCGCACCAACAUCGUGCAACAUGACAUCCAGACCCUGCCAGGGCCUCCAGUCAAGCAGCCUCCACGCAGAAUGGCCGCCGACAAGCAGCUCGCAGCCGACCAGCAGCUUCAACAGAGUCUCGACGCGGGUGUUGCUCAACCGAGUAACAGUAGCUGGGCAGCGCCAAUCGUAGUGGUGUGA